AUGAAGUUCCUCGCACCUCUUCUCAUGCUAGCAGCCUCUGCGGUCGCAGUUCCAGUCGCCAGAGCACCCAAGACUUUCCACCUCAAGACCACCAGCGCCACCCACGCCGAACACAACAACCUCUACGUCUACGGCUACCACACAGGCGCCGGCCUGAACGACGCAGUCCUAACCAGCGACGUCGGCACCGCCAGCUCAGCCUAUCUCAAUGGCACCAACGUCUUCUUCGACUACCAGACCGAAUUCCCCUGGGGAAUGAUCGCCAUCGGCGACACAAACUACGCCUCCUGGGAACCAAUUCAGAUCAAUGCUGGCACGGGUACCGACGGGUUCUCCGUUAAGAAUGGUCUCCUCCAAUGGUCGGAGGAUAUGGGCUUUGGUGGCUGGCUCGUUUGCGACUGGUUCCAUAAUGCGCCUCAGCUAUUCUACUUGUACAAGUACUACGACCCUAUUAUUCCUUCCAGCUGCAGCAAGGUUCAGGUCAAGGUUGAGUACGCGAAAUAG